UCUCCACUGUUCACAUCUCCCAAGACCUUUGGAGGAGAAACAUCUCGUGCCCUGUCCGUGGAUUUUUUUGUGCGCCACUCAUCCUGGACUUGUUCAAUAAAAUCUUUUUUUUUCCUUGUGUGUCCAUCUCUGUGCAACUCCUGUGUCCUGACCAAAGGAGCGUUAUCCUUUGUGGUGUGUUUUACUGAAAAAAAAAACUUUUAUCAAGUUUUAUUUUUGUGAUUUUGUGGAUUUAUUCGAGGAAAUUCUUUUUGUCAUCACCUGGAUGAGAAGUAGUGAUGGGAGAUUUUGGAUGAAACCCAAAAGGACAAUAAGCGAUACCUUUGGAAAAUAAAAUCCUGACUAAUAAUAUAGUAUAGGUAGCAUUAAUGUGCCUUCAACAAGUGCUUUGUUGUAUAUAAAAAAAAGAAGAAAAUUUUAAUCAAUUUGUGUGAAGAAAAAAAAAAGAUUUGAACACCUUGUGCAAGAGAGGGGACAAAAGAAAAUUCUUAAUAAGCCUCCAAGGAUCAUUGGGGUACAAAUACAGAGGACUAAAGUGCUAAGAGUGGCUUUAUUGCAAAAGUGAAGACUGAUCGAACCUCUCCAGAUUUUCCGAGCAAAUUAUUUUUGCAGCUGAAAAAAAUGUCGAUAGUGAUGCGCUUUUGUGGCAAGAUAAGGAAUUUUUCGCACUCAACUUAAUACAGCGAACUCCGAUAUUUUCCUGCAAGAUUCCUGCAUUUGCAAUUUUAUUGCAUUUUCAUCUUAUCAGCUCCUCAGUCUACGAUUUGAAGAAAUGAAGCGUCAAUUGCGAAAAUAUUCCACGAGCACCAUGUCAGCAGUUCCUCCACCACCGCCCAAUGUGAAUAGUCAGACUCUGGUGUCGAGGACACCAGAACGACGUUCUUCGAGUAAUUCAGAUAGUUCGGUGGAGCCAAUGGAUGUUAGCUCUUCGAUUAAUCGAACGGCUAAUUCGAGCACUGAGGCCUCCUCGACAACAGCAUCGAGCAAUAAGUUGAGCAGUGAUCACAACGACACGGAUCAGACGAAUGAUUCGGAGAGUGAGUACACGAGUCACACAGUGGUCCGGCGGGACAAUAUGCGUCAGAUGGACACAACGAGCAUCAUGAUCAUGCGCAAGAAACAACGUUAUGCCACGAAGAACAACAACAAUGUACAGUACGGCUUCGAGGAGAAGCAACGCACCGAUGCUGAGGAGUCAGAGGGCAAGACGAGUAGCAAUCAGAGCCCCAUUGAACGGGGUCCCACCGAAAAUAUCGGCAAAUUAUCAAUGGGAGAGGACAAAAAGUACUUUUGUCCCAUUUGCAAUUCUCUCCUUGACACACAGCACGAAUUCACAGAGCAUAUCCGGAGUCACAACAAUUGUGACGACUCCACCAACUUUACGUGCCGUAUAUGCUCGAAGGUGCUCUCUUCGGCUUCAUCUCUCGAUCGUCAUGUGCUGGUCCACACUGGAGAGCGUCCCUUUACCUGCAAGUACUGCCACGUGACUUUCACCACGAACGGCAACAUGCAUCGCCACAUGCGGACGCACAAGCAACGCGGUGAGGGUGAGAGCUACGAGAGUGACGGAUCCACGGAUUCAAGUGGCAGCAGCAGCAACAAUAACUACCAAAAACGAACCGAUGGGAAGCGGAAGAGCAGUGAGAUUGAAGAUGUACCACCGGCGAAUCAUCUCAAGCGCAAAAUCCGCACCAUUAACAACAACAACAUCGUGGAGCCGGCCACGAAGAUUGUGCCGCAGAGUUUUUGCUGCCCCGUGUGCGAUCGCAAUGAUUUCUCCUCGAUGCUGUACCUGGAGCAGCACAUGGAUCAGGAGCAUCCAACAGUACCGGCCAAGUGUCGUUUCUGCGAUGUCGUCUUCAAGAGUUACAAACUCCUCAAUGCCCAUCGUUGCACGUCGAGUCGAUCCCAGAAUAUCAUGCAGGGCUUCAAGGAUCUCACGUUCGUGGACUUCUCGUCCGAGAAGUUCCCUCUGAUCGCCAAAUCCGUCUGCGAGCAGAGCAUCCGCACCCCGAUUGCUAGUCAGAAGUUUGAGUGCUCAAAGUGCUAUCGUGCCUUCCCGUGUGCCAGUGCUGUGGAAAUUCAUGCCAAGGAGUGCGGUGAGAGUGUGCAGGAUUUUAGUAUUCGGCGCAAUAGGCAGAAUAGUGAAACAAGCGAAGAGGAAGCAAAACGCGAUGAUUUCUUUGCUAAUCUCGAUCUGCAGAAUAAAUCAAUGACAACGACAGCUUCCACCACAUCCAGUGGGGCACUCACCCCACAAUCUUCCCCCUCGCCCACGCCUGAUGAUGAUCUCCACAUGGAUAUCAAGGAGGAGAUGCUACGAACACCCACAAUGCACCAUCAGGACUCAAAAGAUCUCGCAGAUAUUCAGUCCAUUAUCAAUGUGACGUCAUCGGGGCAGUUUCUGCGGCAGCUUGAACGCCCAGCACCGUCAAAAUCAAUUGAUCUCAAUCUAUCAAUGGGCUCCAGUAAGGAUGAGGAGGAGGCUCAAGAUGCUUUCACGGCGGAAUUCCGGAAGAUGAAGCUACGAGGUGAGUUCCCAUGCAAACUCUGCACGGCUGUCUUUCCCAAUUUGAGGGCUCUCAAAGGACACAAUCGCAUCCAUUUGAGUGCUGCCGGUGCUGGACCCUAUCGCUGCAAUAUGUGCCCAUACACAAUCCACGACAAGGCUGCUCUCAUUCGUCACAUGAGCAGGACGCACAACGGUGAUCGACCUUAUGAAUGCGCCAUGUGCAAUUAUGCGUUCACGACAAAGGCCAAUUGUGAGCGUCACCUGCGGAAUCGGCACGCGAAGAGCACGCGAGAAGAGGUGAAACGCGCAAUUAUUUAUCAUCCAUCUGAAGACUCCAGCUGUGAUGAUCCGACCAAGAAGUUGCAACUCUUCGGCUCCCCCGAUUUCCCCGAUGAUGACGAUCACAUGAGCAAAGAUCGCACCAGUACACCCGUGUCGCAUCUGAAGGAGAUGCUGAUGCCCACAAUGCUGCCGGGUGGGAUGGCCGCGGCCGGGAGUGAGCCACCGAUGAAGAUUCAGGUGAAAAGCCUGGAGAAGCUCAUCCAUGCCAGCAGUGGGUAUGAUGACGAUGAGGAUGAUGUGAAGGAUGAGGAGCAAACUGAGGGGAAUCGCGAUGUUGGCAAACCCGUGGAUCUAUCAAUGGAUGCGCUGGAUUUGAGCAAGAAGAGUACAUCGUCGCGCGAGGAGAAAGAUUCGCGGGACUCUCCGUCGCCACAGCCAAAGAUUGACCUGGCAAUGUUCGAGAAGAAUCAGCAGCUGCUCUUUGCGCAACAGCAGCAGCUGCUGAAUGAGACUUUCCCCAAAAUUGAUCCCGCCCACUACAUUCAACUACAUCAAUUCUAUCAGAAUCUCAUGUUCCACCAGCCGGGAUUUCCGCUGCAGCACUUUCUGCUGCAGAAUAGCCUCCUUGCUGGGCAGGCGGCGGCUGGUUCCAAUCCAAUGAUGAACAUGAAGAAUUUCUUCCAACCACCCAAAGAUGCCCUUCAGGCUGGGGCACAGCUACCACCCAGUAGCCUUUUGCUCAAUCCCAUGUUCACAGCUGCUGCCUCAAGUCCACCACUCACGAAUCAUCUCACGUCGCAGCAGAACUCCACCGGGGGUGCCAAUCAUUCUGCUUCAGCACCCAAAGCCAGCGAUUCAUCCCCCAAGCAACCCCAACAAAUGCCCCACAUUCCGCCACCUCAUCAAUCCACUGGUCCCGUAAAGAUGGUCAUAAAGAAUGGGGUGCUCAUGCCGAAGCAGAAGCAGAGGCGCUACCGCACAGAGAGACCCUUUGCCUGUGAACAUUGCUCAGCUCGUUUCACGCUACGUUCGAACAUGGAGCGCCAUAUAAAGCAACAACAUCCGCAAUUUUGGGCUCAGAGGCAGCGCAGUGGCCACAACAUGAUGCGUCGCGGUGGUGGUGCUCCAUCACAGGCACCAGCAACGCCAACCACCAACAAUCACACCGUGCCAUCGUCCCCAAUGGCGGGAACACAAAUGCCAUCGAGUGGGACAUUCGGUGCAAUCUCGGAACACGUCAAAUAUGCCAUUCUGGCGCAGCAGCUCAAGAGUCGCGAUCCCUCGGGGAAGCUUCCUUUUCUGCCCAACAUUCCAUCUGGGCUCAUGAGUAGCAGUAGUGCCUCAUCGCGACCGAGUAGUCGACAAGUGGAGGAUGAAGAGGAAGAUCCACAACUUGUAAUUGAUGAGGAUUCCCAGCCGGAGGAUUUGUCUCAAAUGCCAACAACAAAGGUGGAUGAUGAGCACAUCUUGGCGGCUAAGAAGGUGGCUGAAAAUAUCCUCGAGCAAGCCAUGAAGACGUCAUCAGACAAGACAUCCCCGUCUCAGGGAAAUGCCCCCGAAGGACGAGAUUCAAAUGGGAAAAUCAAAGCUGAAAAUGGCACAAAGACCUUCAACAAGGAGAACCUCAAAGAGGAAGCUGAUCUUGUCUCUGUAUCCAGAUUAGUGGAUAAUGCUACGAAUCCCAUGGCUUUUGGCAAUUACUUCAGGUCUGAUGCAAAUUCUCAGGAGCACAGUGAUGAGGAGGGACUUGUGGCUUCUGGGAGUGCAUCUGAGAGCAAUAAUUCCGGCACAGAUGACCCCAAUCCGUCGCCUGUGAUGCAAAAGAAGAAGUCUGCAUACAGUUUAGCACCAAAUCGUGUCUCUUGCCCCUACUGCCAGCGCAUGUUCCCCUGGUCCAGCUCCCUACGACGCCACAUUCUCACCCACACUGGUCAGAAGCCGUUCAAGUGCUCCCAUUGCCCAUUACUCUUCACCACCAAGAGCAACUGUGAUCGUCAUUUGCUGCGGAAGCAUGGGAAUGUCGAAUCAGCCAUGUCGCUCUACGUGCCCAUUGAUGAUGUUCUCGAUCCCACCAAGAUCACCAAGGAGGACAACCCAUCGUCCGUAGAGGAAGCACCCCCAAAAUCACCAGCUGACGAUGCUGCUUCCGGGAAGAAAGCCACCGCACCAGCUGAUAGUUGUGGAGAUGUUGGAACACUGAAUCUUACAGUGCCACAGCUCAAGAGCACGGCAAUUGAGACAUUGGGACUCAUCAGUUCGGAUCUACCCUUCAAGUGCCAUCUCUGCGAUGGUUCCUUCCCGGAGCGUGUCAACUGCCUGGAGCAUAUUAAAAAUAUGCAUACGCAGGAAUUUGCACUGCUCCUCUCAAAGGGGGCCAUUGAGGCGGAAGCAGAGGCUCAAACGGCUUCCGCGGAGGAUGAUGAGAAGAAUGAAGCAAAGGGAAAAUAUCCUGAUUACACCAAUCGCAAGGUGAUUUGUGCAUUCUGCAUGCGCCGCUUCUGGUCAACGGAGGAUCUUAGGCGCCACAUGCGGACCCAUUCAGGGGAGCGUCCCUUCCAAUGCGACGUCUGCCAGCGGAAGUUCACACUGAAGCACAGCAUGUUGCGCCACCAGAAGAAGCACAACAUUCACGGAAGUGGAAAUAAUCAACCAAAUAGUGCCCAUAGUGCGUCUGAUCUAUCCGAUGAUGAAGCGACAAAUCCCACAACGGCUCCCCCACCAAUUGCUGCCAAUUUGCCGAAUCUCCUGAAGAUUCCGGAGUUUAUGGAGUGGAAGUUGCAACAGCAGCAGCAGCAGCAACAGCUGAAGGCACAAGAAAAGUUCUCCGCCAUGACUGAAGGCAAUGGGGCGAGUAUUUUGGGAUUGUUGAUGAAGCAACAGCACGAACAGAGUGGCGAGAGUGAAGCAUCUGAUCUCAUUGGGAAUCUUUUGGGCAUCAGUGACAAAGGGAUCCUCAAUAAAGUUCUGCAGUCCUCACCAGAUGAGGCGGCGAAACUUUUGGGUGUUGAGAAGUAAAAUCUCAAUUUUAGCAGUUUUUUUAAUGUGAGAAAAAAAUUAAGAAUGCCUUUAAACGAUAGAAUUAAAAGAGAAAAAAAAGAAGAUAAAGAAAACGAUAAAACCAACCGAAAUUUAUCUAGUCAGGUGUUUGAUAAAGAAUGAAAAAAGAUUUAAAAUAAUUCCCGAAGAGUAUAAGUUGUCUUUAAUAUUUUACAACGAUUUUUGUGCUUUUUGUUGGACUUUUUUUCCCUUAAUUAGUUUUUAUUUGUCUUUUAGUCUAGUUGUGGUUUCUAAAUGUGGACUUUCUUUAAGGGAAAUAAUUGAAAGAAAACUUAUAAAAACGAAUAAUUAAAAGUCUGUGUAAAGUUUUAGCCUUUUUAUUAGGAACUUAAAAUAGGAAUUUAAAAAUAUAUAUAUCUAGGACGUGCCUAUUUAAACGAAUAAAACAAAAAAAUCAUGAAGAUCAUAUUAAAUAUUAUCCUAAAUAUUAUUAACUAUAUAAAAUAUAUCCUCUUAUAGUAUAUAAUGUUACUUAAGACUUAAAUAUCCAGAAGCAACUUUUUUCUACAACUUUUAGUUUAAAUAUACCGACGAAGAUAAAAUUUAAAAAAAAAUGUUAAAAUUUAAGACCUCAAAAAUAUUUACAAAGUGGAUGGAAAUAAAAUCAAAAUUAGCAUUAAAAAAAAAAGCUUUCCUGAGUGUGGUCUUCUUAGGCUAAAUUUAGUGAUGAUGACCCUUAAAAAAAUAUUAGAACUUGGAUCUAAGAUUUAGGGGGGGAUUGAUUUAUUUUUUGUAGCGCGAGAGUCCGUAAGAAAAACUCAUUGCUCGACAAUUUUUAAAUUUUUUGGUUUAAAAGAUUUUUCAAAAAAAGUGCCCUCAAUCUUUCGUAGCGAAAGAAAUUCUUUGAGAAAAUCAAAUGAGUGGCCUUUAAAACAGACCAAAGUGGCUUAAUAAGAGUAGACUUAAAUAUAUACAUAAUGGAGAAAGAGAAUAACGAAGAAGUAAUUCUUAAUUAAUCGAGUGCUUGUGAAAUUUUUCGCUUUUAACGAAAAAUUAAAAUAUUUUAAUAAAUAAAUAAAUACCUAAUAAAUAAAAUUGGGAUCGA